ACACGCUUCAAUGAAAACUAUGUUGUUAUUUCUUUCAGCCAUUUUCUGGCAGUAAAUAACAAAUACCAAACAGUAGAACAUUGUUGGGUUAUGCAGAACAUUAUUAAUCAUAACGAUAUUUUGAAAAUUUUCUUCUUCUUUUAAAGGAGAACAAAUCACGGAGUUAUACGUGCGUAAUUGGCGACACUUUGUGGCUCAGUUGCAGAAUGUGUCAUCCAAAAAGUCGUCUGACUUCUCCUUUCAAAAUAAAGGAGUAGUGGUUGAUAGAGGUUAUAUGGAGUCAAUUAAUAGUAUUAAUUCCAACGUGAUGUAGGAAGGAUGUUGAGUGCAUUUAUUGCUCAGCUAGAUAUAAAGAAAAGCGUCCGCAGUCAGGUUUCAAUGACAGCUUUUAUUCUGAAAGGCUAAACAGGAACAUUUUUAGGUGAGCAGCUCGCGCUUUCCAGUUGUUCCGUUCGGACCGUGAGGACUGCCGAGCGCAACUGGACCUUUGUUGAUGGGCGCACCGGGCUGGACCGAGCGGAACCCGAUCAUGUCCCGGUUCCACAGCAGAGGGGUGUUUCUCACUCUGUGUUUGGCUCCAGCUGUUCUAUCGAGCCUGCAUCCAGAGUGCGAGUACAUCUUCCAGCUGGAGAGAGACGAGCUUCGGUGCCUCCAGUACAUCGCGGAGCAGGCCAACGCGAGCCAGACGGGUUGCCAGCCGUUCUGGGACGCCGUCGUCUGCUGGCCGCGUGCCGGCGUUGGGGAGACGGUCCACAGACGCUGCCCUGCCGUCUUCUCCCUCUUCAGGAACAACACAGGUUCCGUGAGCCGGAACUGCACCAGCGACGGCUGGUCCCGGCUCCUGCCGCCGUACCACGUGGCCUGCAGCGUGGACGACGACGUCCCUCAGACAGAGCAGCGGUACUUCACCACCGUGAAGCUGAUCUACACCGUUGGCUACAGCGUGUCCCUGGUGGUUCUGGCCUUGGCGGUUUGCGUCCUCCUGCUCUUCAGGAGGCUGCGCUGCGCCAGGAACUUCAUCCACAUCCAGCUCUUCAUCACGUUCAUGCUCAAGGCGGCGGCGGUGUUCGUCAGGGACGCCGCCCUGUUCUCCGGUGACGACACCGACCACUGCAGCCUGUCCACGGUAGGACCAGGCUCCUGCUGGGCCUCACACGCCCCCUCUCGGCCGCUAACGCUGCCUGCUCCUGUGCAGUUGGCCUGCAAGGCGUCCGUGGUCUUCUGUCACUACUGUGUGAUGGCCAACUUCUUCUGGCUCCUGGUGGAGGCGCUCUACCUCAACUCCCUGCUGCUUUCGUCCUUCUACCGCCGGCGCAGAUGCCUGUGGGGCUUCAGCCUGCUGGGAUGGGGUGUGCCUGUGUUCUUCAUCAUCCUGUGGAUUGGCUCCAGGGUGUACUUUGAGGACUCAGAAUGCUGGGACAUCAUCGAGGACUCGCCCUACUGGUGGAUCAUCAAGGGACCCAUUGUUGUGUCCAUCGCGGUCAAUUUCAUGCUCUUCGUGAACAUCGUCCGAAUACUAAUACAGAAGCUCAACCCUCGGCUCAUCCAGUUCAAUAACUCCUGUCAGUACAGACGCCUGACUAAGUCCACGCUGCUCCUCAUCCCCUUGUUCGGGACUCACUACAUGUUCUUCAGCUUUCUGCCUGAUUACUUCGGCGUCAGCCUGCGCUUCUGUCUCGAGCUCUGCGUGGGAUCCUUCCAGGGGCUCCUUGUGGCGGUUCUCUAUUGCUUCCUUAAUCAGGAGGUGCAGAACGAGGUGCACAUGUCGUGGCUCAGGUGGCAGGAGAGGAACUACGGCGUGGUGUCGCCUGCCGCUAAAGGAAGCCAGAUGGACACGCCGCUUUAGGACGAGCACACGUUCACCUCUAACAGCAGCAGUGGUUCAGAUCUAUGCUCUUUAUGAGGGUUUUGAACACUUUAUUCUACAGUGACAAUCAUCUGUUGACUUACUGGUUUGAUGAGUUUAUUAUUAUUAUAUUAUGGUAAUCUGUGUGAUGAACUCAGACUGAUGGUAUUAUACAUUUGUAGUUCUUGUCCAGCUGCACUUGUUUACUCCAUUUUCAUUAAGGGUCAAAGUAAAACCUUUUAACGUUCACCUCAAAGCACUACAGUAAUAACAUGCACAUGUACAGUAACUACACCCUCCAGCUUAUUAUAGUGUCUGCCUUCGUUUCACUGCCAAAGCAGCUUCUCAGUUUGUCGCCUUCACAUGAUACGUUAGUCCUACUGUAAUGUGAAUGUCUAAAGUUCAGUCGGUUGUGGUUUAAUGAUUUCUCUGCGUUGUUGCUGCUUUUCUUAUGCAUCGCUCUGUGAAACUGCUAUAACAAGUUGCAAGUGGCUUUCUGCAGCUCCAUCUCCAGGGAAGCUAACGCGAAGUGGCAGCUACUAAAUGUUAGGUCAGCAAUAAAGGUUAAAGCCGUGAAGGUCAUGAGGCGUCAUGCCAUUCAGACAUAGUGUGUGACUUUGUGCUUCUAAUGAGUUUAUGUUUAGUCACUGAAUAUUUUGGAAGCUCUGUAUUUGUUAGUAUGUCUGACUUUAUUUAUUAUUAUUUAUUUACUUGGUGGAGUACAUUUUAUUAAAUCUGAACUUUCAAACCAACAAUGACCCAGAAUC